AAUAACACCCUACCGGUCUCCUCCUUUUCACAGGUGAUCUUCCCCCGGAUGACGGGCACCCCACCAGACCCUGUGGCCCUUGCACCAGACAUCCAGAGAAUGGAAGAAACCUUAGACAACUUAGAAAAGCACUUCCUCCAGGAAAAACCUUUCCUGUGUGGGUAUGAUAUCAGCAUCGCAGACCUGUUUGGCGUCAACGAGGUUAUACAGGUGGAACCCUGCGGCUAUGGCACGCUAGACAGAAGACCAAAGCUGAAGGCGUGGAUAGGGAGAGUGAGAGAGUACGUACAACCAGAGAUCUUUGACGAUGUCUCGCAACUCAUCUACAGACUCGCCAAAGCAAAACAAAAGCUGUAA